ACCAGCAGCAUCUGCUGCUCCAUGACCCACGUGACUUCCGCAUUUCACUCCUUGUACCGUUACGGCUAACAGUGGAUACAGGUUACAGAAAUGGUUUGUUUAAUGAUCAUGUUGUUCUGCUCGGCUCUUCGUAUCAGUUCUGUCUCUGCUGAAGACAUCACAGGUUAUUCUGGACUCAACGUCACUCUGAAUUGUACAACUACUGAGAACAAACCUGUCGCUGUGGAGUGGCGCAGAACUGAUCUGGGGGAUGAAUUUGUUCUUCUGUACAAAGACGAUCAGAUUGAUUCAUCCAUCCAGCAUCCAGAUUACAAGAACCGAGUGGAUCUGGCAGACAGACGGAUGAAGGAUGGAGACGUGUCUCUGGUUCUGAUGAACGCAACGACUAACGAUAAUGGAACAUAUGAAUGUCGAGUUCGAAAUCAAGGAAGCCUGGAUGCUAAACGGAUCAGAACCAUCAACCUGCGUGUUUCUCCUCCUCCUCCUCCAGGAGACAAGAACUCAGGAAACCAGGACGGAUCCGUGGGACUGAUAGUUGGUCUGAUUGUGUCUCUGCUGGUGUUUUUGUUCUAAUCUAUAGAAAACAAUUUGCUUGUUUAAUGCAGAAAACCUCAGAUCCUCCAGUUAAUCUAUAGAUGAAUGAAUGCCUUAAUCCUGUAAAGAUAAUUUGCAUCAGAUUAUUGCUGCUGUUGGUGAUUUUCUGAUCGAUCAGCAUGAACUGAUUUCCUCCUGCAGGCUGUUUCCUCCCUGCUCUGAUGUUUCAAUAAUCACAACUGAUCAACCUUCUGAUCUCAUCAGCAUUAUAAAACUAUUUUACCUGUACCAUCAA